AUCCAUCAGCACUUUCUGAGGAAGAAGAAUCUGAAAUUUUUGCGGUCUCCUCGUCGGGCGUUGCGUCGGGUAAUUCUUGGCUUUCAAUUUCCGAAAUAAUUGCUUAUCUUUUAGUGAUCAAAGUUUAACAGUGACUAUCACUUGCAGUUGGUGUACGCUUUAGCAGUUUUUGUUUGGUGGUUGGUCGGCCGAAAGCCCCAGAAGAAGGUCCCUUUACUUUGCACCCCAUCCGAAGAUAAGUGUUGUGCGAGAAGAAAAUCCCAUCCAGGAUGGCUCUCAACCCGCAGUACGAGGAAAUAGGAAAAGGAUUCGUCACCCAGUACUAUGCAAUGUUUGACGAUCCGGUGCAGCGACCGAAUCUGGUCAAUCUCUACAAUGCCGAACUUUCUUUCAUGACCUUCGAGGGACAGCAAAUCCAAGGAGCUGCCAAAAUUUUAGAAAAACUACAGGGUCUCACCUUCCAGAAGAUUAACCGAGCCCUAACGGCGGUUGAUUCGCAACCCAUGUUCGACGGAGGUGUCCUUAUCAAUGUUCUAGGUAGAUUGCAAACUGACGAAGAUCAGCCCCACGCCUAUACGCAAACGUUCGUACUGAAACCCAUUGGAACCAGCUUCUUUGUCCAGCACGACGUCUUCAGAUUAGCGCUGCACGACAUGGCGUAGCGUGUGUCUUUCGUCGAAGAAUUUGUUGUUAUCCCUCUGUCCUCCGUAAAAAAAAAACAAAACUAAAACCAACAGAAAGCAUUACUAUACUAUUGCCUUUGGCGCUUUCAGGAUCUAAUUGAAUCUAUCUAAAUAUUGAACGUAGUUCGAAAGAAUGAACAGAAUUUCCAACACUCACAUCAACUAAUACCUAAUACGAAUUCGAUUUGUUCCCCGCGCGCGGUCCGAUUCUAUAGGAUACGAUUAGUUGAAGAACGAAAUGAGCUGGAAAAUAUAGGAAUCUAUAAAAUUUUAUAAAUAUUAUGAAAAUGAUGCACACAAACUGCGAAAGCUAGAGAACAGUAAACCGAAACCGGUUUAAGCUCACUAAUUUAAAGUAGUUUUUCUUUUUUUCAUUGUAAACUUGCCUUGCAGAAAGUGUAGGUUUUUACUUUGCGUUUUUGUGUUUCCUGAAAUAUAGUUUCUUUUAACUGUCUUAUGUAUGCUCUUCUCGGAAUGGUUCAAUUUUUUUUGCAAGCAACAUUUAAUCA